UGAGAAGAGGCGGCCAGAAGUUCAGAACCGGUGCAGGAGAUCACAUCGCCAGCAUGAAUCGCGGUCACCUGCUACUUUGGGUCGUCUGUGCCGCUGGCAUUUCCCAGGCAUUGGGCUAUCCACAGGGCGAUUUGAUUACGCCGGAUAGUGACGAAUCGGAUGUGAGCGGUAUUGGAUUCGUCACGCUCGACGGGACCAACAGUGAAGGCAGUGUCGAAAGUGGCCAAGCGAAUGCCUCCGAUGACUUGAUAUUCUUGAGUCGCAAGAAGCCAAGUUCCUCAAACAAUUCCGUCGACCUGAGCCCCUUUCUGUCCAUGAUCUAUGUGCACGAAGUCCAGGCCAUAGUGGCCUCAUACUAUCACGGCGACGCGGAGUUUCAAAGAGCCUACGCCUUCCUGGCCAGCAGAGAUUUUGCAGAUAUCAAGCGGAAGAUCCUUCAGCUGCCAGAAGUUCUUGAGUUCACUAAUUAUUUGAGUGUUCAUGGUUUGGAUGUGAUUAAGGUGGUGCAGUCGGUGGCAGCCAAAUUUAAACCUUCCGAACUGGGCGAAGUCGUUGGCGAUCGGGAACCCCAAAAUGGCCUGCACGGAAUGGUGGAGAGGAUCAUGGAGAUCCUGCCACUGGACCAACUGUAUGUGCAAUUUUUCGACGAGUUCGAGAGCAACAAACAAUUCGCAGCACUUGUCGAUAGCAUUAGCAGUCCGAAGUUUGCUAAAAUUCUGAGCGGUCUGCAGAACUCAUUGCCGCUGCGAAAUUUGCUAUUUGUCCUGCACAACAACAGCAUUUUUGUGGAGCGCAUUGUGGAGACCGUAAAAUCGCAUUUAAGUCUUCGUGGUGAUUUCGUAUCUCGCUGAAAGGCAAAAAUGAAAACAUCUGUAAAAGUAGUUUUUUCGAUUCAAAAUAAUAAAACCUAACUUCAAAGGCUAA